CACGUCUCAUGUUGCAGAAAACAAAUCGCAACAGAACAUGUUCUUAUCUUUUCGCUUUCGCAGCAUGACCUCUGCUCGUACAAGGCGACUCGAUCUGGUUCCCGCUCCGACUGACUCAAUGUCCAGUCAUCCAUGAACCGCCCACCGCAGCUGCUACCACAUUGUUGCAAUCGACAAACCCCUCGGACGUUCAGAGUGCAUUGCCGACGUCUGACCAAUACGCACCUCUGUUCGCUACUGCCUGCGACUGCCUGCCUUUGGAUCCCAGCAUUGCUGGUACUCGACUGCCUGAGGUUUCUCACUACCGUGCGGCUGGUGGUACUCUCUCACUUCAGUAAGGUCUCGAAAGGCUACUAACGAGGUCACCUUCGGUGGCUGCAUCCGGGCUCGACUUGACAACCCAUUCAUACGAAGGAUGUCGGUAUCGACACGCGGA